GCUGUGGCGGAAUCGCCGCGCGCGCUGGCGGCAUGUGUCUCGAUGGCUAAUCGGCCGCAGCGCUCCCUCCGAUAAAGCCGGCUCGCGUCGACGGCAGCAGACUCUGCUCGAAAGUCCCAUAGCACACGGCUGGCCGGAGCCAUGGCCGACUGCGAGAGGGUGCACAAUCUCAACAGCACGGCGUUGCAAUGCGCUUUCGUUCGGGACACUGCCGACUGUCAUGUGGACGAGUCGUGGAUAGAGUACACCACUUUCGCUUACUGUGGUCCGCUCGCGCCCUACUUUCCUAUCGGCACCGAGGUGCUUUGGAUCGCCCUGCUGUUUCUUGUGCUCGGCAUGACGGCUGACGACUUCCUGUGCCCAGCGCUCGUGGUCAUGUCGCGCACGCUACGCCUCUCGGAGAGCGUGGCGGGCGUCACGCUGCUCGCCUUCGGCAACGGGGCGCCCGACAUAAUCUCCUCGCUUGCGGGCAUCGAACAGUCGCGGCCCGCGCUCGUCAUCGGAGAGCUGCUCGGCGCCGGCACAUUCGUCACCGCGGUGGUGGCCGGCACUGUGUUCUUGCUGUGCCGCUUCGAGCUGGAACCGGACUCGUUUCUGCGCGACACAGUCUUCUACUUGGCCGCGUCUUUUUGGACCUUCUACCUCUUCUAUGACGGUGGCGUCACUCUGGGUCAUGCCGUCGGCUACCUUGGCCUGUACUGCGUCUACAUUGUGGUCGUGCUUGCCGUCCACUUCUGGAAGCAGGCUCACCCUGAGGAGGUUCCCGCACUUCCGGACGUCGCUCCAAAAGUAGUAUUGGAAGUGCCCGCGGAAGCUCAGACCACUAGUCACCUGCUCAUGCCGCCGGUUCCACCCGACUGGGUACAGGAGCGGAGGUCUUCGGUCAGCAGCGUGGCGAGCAACGGCAGCGCCGGUGACGCACGACGACGGCGAAGUUCUACGGGCAGCCUCCACCGACACCACGAGCACGCCAUCGCGGCAUUCAUGCAGGCUUCGCACGAGGCAUCGAUGGAGCGCCGCAUCUCGCAGUGCUCGCAACCGCCACUCGAGCCUGUUGUGAUGAGUGAGAAGACUCCUCUUCUCGGCGCCACCGGGACUUCCGCGGUCGCUCAAGACACGAGCCCUUGGGCCGAAUUCCUAUCCCAGCUGGUGCCUUGGGACCCUGAGGAGUGGGUCGAACGCGGUGUCGCUGGAAAGAUAUACGACGUUGUCACAUUUCCUGUGCGGUUCGUCCUCGUGCUCACAGUGCCUGUCGUGGACUACGAGAACGCUAAGAACAACUGGUGUCGUCCCCUCAACGCCUUGCACUGCGUGACCUCGCCUUUCUUCGUGGUAGUCGUUCUCGGCCGCGCCGACGACUACGUAGCCGACAAAAUUCCCUCCUGGGUGCUGGCCCUGCUCAUUGGCGGCAUCGCUGCUACACUUGUGUGGUUCAGCUCCAGCUUCGAGAGCGCACCGCGCUACCAUUUUGCCUUCGGCUACGCGGGUUUUAUUCUGUCUGUGCUGUGGAUCUACGGCGUGGCCAAUGAACUUCUGGGGCUCUUGCGCACUUUGGGACUGGUGGCGGGCGUUAGCGACGCAAUUUUGGGUCUCACCGUGCUAGCGUGGGGUAACAGUCUCGGAGACUUCGUGACCAACGUGGCCGUGGCGCGUCAGGGGUAUCCGAGCAUGGCUAUGGCGGCGUGCUUUGGUGGGCCGCUUCUCAACCUGUUAAUGGGCGUCGGUCUUCCGUACACGGUCAAACUGGCGCCAGUAGGCUUCGGGGCACGGCUUCCGUUGGAACUCACGCCCCUCGUGUCAACCCUCUACGGAGGUCUUGUUGCUUCACUGUUACUGUCGCUGUACGCCACGUUGUUCUGCCGGUACCAGUCCAGUCGCAUCCACGGAGCGUCCCUGCUUGCCUUGUACGCGCUCUUCUUGGCAGCUGCAGUGACCAUUGAGACCACGCACGCCUAGUCAGAACGCGCGCCUUGUGAAAAUUCAGGAUACAGUGACUCCUGUCCCGCGUAGGUGACUGCUCUUUUGGAGAAGCAGGACAUUCGGUGGGAGGAUCGUGCCCUGGAACCUGAUACCCUCUGUUUUCACGGCGUAAACCUGUAAUCUCCGUUCUUCCACAUCGACGUGGCUGCAUGUGCCUGCGCACUUUGUGCAUACUACACUUAGGCGGACUUUUAAACUAUAUACUGCCCGAGACAGCACUGUGCACCCAGUGAUGUGAAUCAGUGACAGGCGUCACUUCGGCUGUCGUGGUAGGACGACCCGUGAACCUGCUCCCCUCAUCCUUUUUGACUAUUGUGGAAGAUGUUGUCCGAGACACCUCAUCGCACAUUGUGAUUUCCACAUCGAUUUAUGUCAUGGACUGGGAGUAUAAGGAUGUGCGUCAAUUUGCGCAUUAUGUUGACGUAUCGUUAAUAGUUGCCAAGGGGGUGUAGUGGGGAAGAAGAAAAAAACCCUAUCGAGUCUUAUACGGUGUUGUGUUUUGAGCUAGUCGUCAUGACUCGUAUUUUCCGUCGUUUACUAACUUGCCCAUCACGACAGUUUCGUUGAGAUAACAAAUGAGAUGCAUGUGAUUUUGCUUUCAUUGUUUCUCGUGGAGUGUUAGAGAUAUGUAGAGUUCACUACGGUAAUGUGGAAAGCGUUUUCCCCGCUGUGAUAGUCUUUUUACAACGAGUGACAUUCCUGUAGCGCGGCUGAUAAGACCCGGUGCUUCGUCCGUGACCACCUCGACGGAAUUCGUGGCGAUAUAUACGCCCGCGUUGUCGCUGGAUGGUUCGAGCCUAUUUUAGUAUCAUUGACCGUUAACGGAGUGUAUACAGUCACUAAUACUUCGUGAUUUGCUUACCGAAGUACCGACAUGAACCAUAUAUUAUGAAAAGAUCACUGGGCUUUUCUUUUUCUUGGCGGGGGGUCCGUGCAUAUAUCUGCACAUAUAUAUACGUGCAUAUAUCUGCACGGAUCUGUUAUACUUCGAUUGGUAUUAGAAUAGAGCCGCCCAGAACGACAGCAAGUUGAGCUAGUUGGUGGGGAUUCAUUGUGGAAGAGAACAAGUUGUGCAAAUGCAAACGCGGACGCAAACCCUGCAGACAACACAAAUGCCGGCGUUUGUGUUGUCUCGUUCUCUCGUGUCCGGGUUUACACGUUUUACUUUUCUCCACGAAGAGCCACGCACUUGCGUCAGUCGAGUCCCAGUCUUUUGCACAAUGUUGCAGUCUGCGAGAGCUUUUGUAAUGUACUUACUGGGAUACCGUAUUCCCACGUCGUGGUAAUUAAUUGUCUGCUUUAUUGUACGUUUAGCUCAGAUAACGUAAUCGCAUAUUGUUUUCUUAAGCUGAAAUCAGUGUC